AUGGCGACGUCAGCAUGGAGCUCCCAUAUUUCCUCUCUUUCGCUGGUCGUAGUCCUGUUACUGUGGCCGUCUUCGUUCCCGACCGUCGCCGCCCGGGUUGACGAGGAUAUCUGCGCCGUCCCACUGGUCAAGAGGGAGAACAGGAAGACCAUCGCCUCGUCUGAUUACGGAACCAUCUCCGCCGUCGACGUCGAUGAUAGAUACGGGGGGUCGUACCACCUCCAGUUCUUCACCUUGGAGCCCCAGUCUCUUCUCAUUCCUCUUCAUCUCCACGUGGACAUGGUUUUCUAUGUGCAUUCAGGUGAGCUCCUCCGACGUGACGAUCCUGGUGUGCAUGUUCCAUGCGUAAUCUAGCAGACCAGAAGGAAACAUUGGACGAGUAUUCAUAUAAGCGGAUAAACGAACUUUCCUUUCUCUGUGCAUAUGUCUUCCAGGUAGGGGGACCGUCAGCUGGGUUAGCGACGGCGAGACAAUCGAUUUGGAGGUCAAAAGAGGCGACAUCUACAGAAUCGGCUCCGGCUCCGUCUUCUACGUGCGAAGCCAUCCAGACCCACUGAGGCAGAAGCUCAGAAUCCAUGCCAUUUUCACCACCUCAACGUCUGAGGCAUCACCUGUAAGUUAUUCAAACCCCCUCCCGUCUUCCCUUCUAGAUUUGGCGUGCUUUGUUUCUUGUAAGGGAAUCCUUAGCUGACGAUCGACGUCGACGCAGGAGGCGCUCGUGGGGGCGUACUCGAACUUGGCCGACCUGGUCCGAGGCUUUGAUGAAGGAGUCCUGAGGAUGGGUUUCAGGGUGAGUAUUAAAAUCCCGAAGCCUCCUCUUCUUGAGCUGGAACUCGGUCAUGGAGGAUGUGGUCUCAUCGCUCUUCUCUUCCACUCUUGAAAAGGUGUCUGAGGAAGUGAUAUCAGGGCUCAAAAGUGCGGAGAGGCCGCUGUCCAUCGUGCCAUUCACCGCAGGGAACGAGACAGACGGCGCCGGGUGGAAGGAAGGGAUCUUCGAGGCGCUCAUGGGAGUUGGCCGCCCCUUGGGGAGCGACAACGGCAAGAAGAAGAAGGAGAAGACAAAGGGGAAAGCGUUCAACAUUCUAGACGUCGAACCGGAUGUCCAGAACUGUAAUGGCCAGAGCAUUGCCGUGACCGACAAGGAGUUCCACGCAUUGAAGGGAUCGGACGUUGGGGUGUUCAUGGUAAACUUGACCAAGGUAAUCUCAUGAAUUUUUUUUCUGAUAACUAAUGCAAAUAGCUAUUUUUACGUAUGAUACUUGACAUGUCCGAUUGGCUUGUUAUAUAUUAAAGGAUAUGUUUUCUUCCGGUUUUUUCCUUCUAAUUUUUUAGGGUUCUAUGAUGGGACCCCAUUGGAAUCCCCGGGCGACGGAGAUUGCCAUAGUGACGCAUGGAGAAGGGAUGGUGCAAGUCGUUCUUCCUAGGGUUGCUUCUUCAGGGGAAAGAACUCGUGAAUGCCUAAGUUGGAGAUUCAGGGUGAGAGAGGGGGAUGUGUUCUUGGUGUCGAGGUACCACGCCAUGGCCCAGAUGUCGUUCAACAAUGGCUCCCUCUCGUUCGUCGGAUUCAGUACCAAGGUAAGGAAGAAUCGCCCACAGUUCCUGGCAGGGAAGAGGUCUGUUCUUCAAACCCUGGACAGAGAUAUUCUAGCCCUGUCCCUGGGAGUUUCCAACACGACUGUUGAUAAGUUGCUGGCGCCUCAAGGAGAAGCAAUCAUGCUCGACUGUACGUCCUGUGCCGAGCAGGAAUGGGAGAGAAUGGCGGAGGACAUAGAGAAGCAAAGAAGGAGAGAGGAAGAGGAAGCGAGACGAAAAGAGGAAGAAGAGGCGAGGAGGAGGGAGGAAGAGGAAGCUGAGGUCAGGAAGAGGGAGGAGGAAGAGGAAGAGAGGAGACGGGAAGAGGAAGAGGAAGAGGAAGCAGAGGCCAGGAAGAGGGAGGAGGAAGAGGAAGCGAGGAGAAGGGAAGAGGAAGAGGAGGCUGAGGCCAGGAAGAGGGAGGAGGAAGAGGAAGCAGAGACCAGGAAGAGGGAGGAGCAGGAAUCGAGGAGAAGGGAGGAGGAAGAAGAAGGACCAAGGCGAGAAGAAGAGCAGAUGGAGGAAGAGCCAAGGAGGAAAAGAGAAGAGGAAGAAACUGAAAGAUGGGAGGAAGAGCAGAGAAGGCGUCAACAGGAGGAAGAUGGGGAGACCUUCGCGUUGAGGAAGGUUGCCUGA